AUGUUUUUUGGUAAUUCAGAACCUAAACCUGAGGAACUUGAAGUUGGAGCAGAGACACAAAUGGAGCAACACGAGUCGGCAAUGACUCAUGAAGCUAAAGAGAUGGUAGAUGAUGUGGAAACUGAAGCUAAGAGAAUGACCAUGAUGAAAAAUAAGAAUGCUGGCAGGGAUCAAACUUCCAAACAAAAAGGUUACUACAUUCAACCACAAAUGGAAGGUAAGCCAGUUUAUGACGCAGAGGGUAAUUUGAUGGGUCAAACUAUCUUUGUACCUGCAGGUGAGACAGUCUUUGUCUCUAAACAAGGCGAGUCACAUAUGGACAAAUCCGAUAUGAAAGAACAGAAGUCACCCAAACAGACUUCUCAAAAUUCUAAGAAUAAGAAUUUUGUUUAUGUCCCACCCGUUGAUGAACCUAAGGAUAGACAUAACAAACGUAGUGGUACUGUCAACUCCGAGAGUGGUAUGAAAGAAGGGUAUGAGAUGAAUAUGGGUGCCAAGAGUUCUCAUUCCAAAUCAGGACGGAAUUCAAGAAAGACCUCUACAUCAUCUUCAAGUGACAAAUAUAUGAAAGGACACAAUAAGAUAGAUCAUUCUAAAGAACCUGAGGAACAUAUCGGGAAGAAAUCCCAUAAGUCAAAUAAGAUGGGCAGGCUAUUCUUGGGCAGAUCCAGUACGGUAGACUCAGAUGCCAUGGGGCCCAGUGAAGAGAUGGAAGAAAUGGAUAGUCGUAUGGCUAAUAUGAGUAUGGAAGAUGAAUAUGAUGAAUCAGGCGUACAAGGUUACAGUGGACCUGUGGAUGCACGGGGCAAGAGAUAUAGUGUUACUGAGAUGCCAGAAGUCUCUCGUCGUAAGAGUGCUUCAUGGUAUGCCGGUUCUAAAAAGAGUGGACUAGAUGAUGAUAGGUACAUUAUCACUGGUAAUGAGAUGAGACCUUCUAGUGGCGGCCAUAAGUUCAGUAUAGGAUCAGAAGGAGACCAUAUAUAUGCAGAUGCUGUGGGUAAUUACCCUAGCAUGGUGGACCCUACUGUGAUGACUUAUGGUAACGAUCCUAGGAAGAAUUUCGAACCAAAACUACAACCUGACUAUAUAGCUGAACAAGGUUACGUUGGUACUAAUAUCAUGGUGGACGCCAACGAGAGCCAACCAAGAAAAGGUGUUUAUCAAAGAAAAGUCAGUGGAUCUGCAUCAGAAGCUUUCAAACCUGAAAAGAAAUUAUCUCUGAAUAAUGAGAACGAUAGCCGGCUGACCAAGUUUAGAAAAUCAUUCAUGAGACCUACCUUAUAA